UAUUGUAAGUUUGUUGUGAUUCUGUUACACCUUUUUUUCCCACCGUCUUCAUUCAUCAUUAAUUUUUUUUUGGUAAAGUUUUGAGCUUUGGGGGAAAAAACUUGUUUUUUUUUUCGUUUUUGAUGGAAGUUUGUUUAAGUGAUUUGGUUGUGUUCUCCCCAGUUUUAUGUGCAUUUGUAGUGGCCAUAUGUGUAGUUUCCUAUUGUGGUGUUCUAGAUUGUGGGGCUUUAGGCGAAAGAAAAUUUUUGAACAAAGCACAUUUGGGGAUUUUCGAAUUUUGAUGCUUGUGUGUUGUUGUUUUGAUUCAAAUUUUGUGGUCAUUUAGUUGAUGGUUGUGAAAUUUAUGGGGAUUCAGGAGAAGGGCCUGUGCAAUUUGUGGUGUUUCACCGGAAGGGCAUUGGUUUUCAUUGGUUCUAAUUUAGUGGUGUUAUUGUGUGUUGUGUAAAAAAUGUGUUUUGCUUUGUGUUACUAUUUUGUACAAUCACAUUGAAGGCUAUUUUUUUGCAGUACUAGCAUAUGAAAACGUUAUGACUGGUAAAUUACGAUGUAAUGAGAAGGCUCGGUUGCGUACAUUUUGUUACACAAAGUGCAUUGUCGAAAUAAAUGGAUUAAUCUUGGAUAGCCAUCGUGUAAGGAUUGAGAAUACACCAUUCAAAUGGUGUUUGCACAUAGGAAAACCAUUACAGAUAUGUAACCCUCUUUUGUUGGAGAUGUUGAAGCGUUGGUUACCUGCUCACGAAUCGUUUCAUGUGAUGAAACGAUCUAUUCCAUUCAGUUGUGCUGACAUUUGCAUGUCUUUAGGAUUGGGCAUUUUUAGGUUAGAUGUUGAAUUUGUUAAAAAUGUUUGUGAGGUGGUGGGUUCACUUAUGAAAGACAAAUUAUUAACAAUUGAAAAUGUUAUUGAAAUGAUUAAGAGUGUGGUACAAAGUGACUUUGAUGACGUUGAUAAUGCAUUUCGUUUGUAUAUUUUUGUUUGUUUUGUGAUCCUUUACUUUUCUAGGAAUUCAAAAACUGUUAGUAAUACUCCUUGUAGUGUUUUAGACCAUAUAGACAGAUUGUUAAGUUAUAAUUGGGGUAAAGCAGUUCAUAGUUAUUUGGUUAAGAGUUUAAGUCGUGCAUUUCUGGCACUUAGGCAGACGGAGAUUUGCCUAAGCGGGUCAGUAACAGUUUUGCACGUACAUAGUACUUUAUGUAAUGAUUAUUUGUUAUUUGUAGAAUAUUUAAAAUGAUGUAAUAUACAAUGUUGUUUGGUGUAGAUAUGGGGUGUAGAAAGACUUUGUUUGUGUGGAUCAGAUAUAUAGUUAAUGUUUCUAAGAAUAUUGGCCUGACCGGAUGUUCACUUAAAGUCAAAACAUAUUGAGAAGUUGUUCCAAAAGAGCCAAGUAAAAGUUCCUACAAUUUUUGCUUUAUAAAAAUGUACUAUUUUUUAAUAGUAAGUUGUUAUAUGUUGU